AUGGGUGCCCAACCUAAACGGCUGCGUCAACUUCAACAGCAAAUUUCACCGCGGAAACGCAUCCAAUCUGCUAAAAUUGACGCAUGUGUCUUCAAGCCACUACUGAUGAAAUAUACAGAGUCUGACAUUCACAGCGCCCUUGAGGCAAUCGCCAAUGGCGGAUCCGCCAAGAAGGCUGCUCGCGAUUGGGGCGUCCGAGGGCAACUCUUUACAAUCGCAUGCAUGGUCACGAAUGCAGAAAGGAUGCAUUUUCUGCUCUUCAGAGGCUUUCAGACACAGGAAAAGCAACUUACCGAAUGGAUUCUCAUUCAGGACGCCUUGGCCUUCCUCCCACUCACUCGCAGAUCAGGCAGUUCGCGCAGCGCAUGCUCGCCGUCAAAGGAGACCACACCGCUCGGAAAACACUGGAUGCAAGCAUUUUUAAGACGAAAUCCUGCAGUUCGGACCCAGAAGUGCCAUCACAGAGACUCUGCGCGUGUCAACGGCGCUUCUACCGAGGUAAUUCGGCCUUGGUUCAACAAUUUCUUCCUUCCCGAGAUUCUGGCUAUUAAGCCGGAGAACAGGUACAACAUGGAUGAAGCAGGCAUCAUGGAAGGACUUGGGGAGAAUGGCCUGGUCGUUGGCAGUGCUGAAAAACGAUCUGUACAAAAGAAGACGCCUGGUUCUCGGGUCUGGACGUCGUUCAUCGAGUGCGUGUCCGCUGCCGGCACCUUCCUCCUCCACCCGUCAUUUUCAAGGGCAAAUCGGUCCAGCAACAGUGGUUCCAGAAGAUCUCAGUACUUUUAG